AUGGAUUCCCAGCCAAAUCCCCAGCAGUCUCUCCCUCCCAUCGAUACCUACGAUCCUCUUCGCGAUGACCUCCAGAACUUUCGCAACUCCACGGACGCCACGGGUGGUUCGCCCGUCGGCAUGAAUCGCAGUAGUAACAAUUUCAAUUCGCUACCCCUCAGUUCGCCUCCCACUCCGACAGGUGGCUCCCGACGAGGUUCCAUCCCUUUUCUCCGGAACCGUAAUCGCACGGCGUCAGGUGCCAGCUUGACUUUCAUACAACCGGCUCCUAUAGACUUAGUCGACCAUACGGUUGAUCCGUCUGAACGUAGUUCAGCAGCCUUUGCCCGUAGUGUCGUGGUAGGGGAUUAUACGAUCAUCAGUGGGUCACCUUUGAGAGCUGGUGCAUACGUUGUUUGGAAUUGUACGGUAGAAACGUUGGAAGGCCAGAAGUUUACGGUAAUCAAGCGUUACUCUGAAUUUGAUGCGCUGAGAGAGAAAUUACUCCUCGCAUUCCCAAAUUCUAAGGCUGCAUUACCACAAUUACCUAGAAAGAGCGUGGUUUCAAGAUUCAGGACGAAGUUCUUAGAUUCGAGAAGACAAGGGUUAAACUAUUUUUUGUCGUGCAUACUUAUGAAUCCGGAGUUUGCUGGUUCGCCUUUGGUAAAAGAGUUCUUGUUUAGUCGGGAUUGA